CUAGUGCCAGCCCUAUUUUUUGUGCAAUUAUUUAUUAAAAAUAAGCAACGACGUGAGCGAACGACACGACCCACGAACGAAGGCAACGAAAUGGCAACGCGCGGCGGACCAAUGGUCGCGGGCACCGAUGGCAACGACUUCGAGUUCAGGCAGCGCGUAGCUGGCACAUAUCAAAUUAGCCUGCUGAACAAGUCCAGGUUGAAGUACUGCAUCUUCUUUCACGCCCUGCUCUUCUUCGUGAUGCUGGCCAAGCUGACGUCGGACAUCCUGGAUCGCCUGGAUAUCUUUGUGCUGGAGAUCGAGGAGCUGGAGGUCCCACCGCCUCUGUGGUGGGAGUACGUGUGGGCCGCGUCGUUGCUCACCUCCUUUCUGGGCCUUUCGGCCGCCAGGGGCAACAAGGUGCGCGAAAUGCAGAAGUAUAUGGUGGCCAUCCUGCUAUUCGCCAUCCUGCCGCUCUUCUACUGCUUCGCCUACUACUUCUCGGACGUGUGGGAGUUCGCCACGCUGGACAAGUCGGUGGAGCUGGACGAGACAGACAUCUUUGUGUGGCGCGGCUAUCCGUACGGCGUCUUCUGGUAUGCCUUCUGCUUUGUGGGCUUCCAGGUGCACGGAUUUACGCUGUACUUCGCCUACAACCUGGUCAAGGCCUGGAAGGCCAGAACUGCCACGCGCAAGUUCCAGUAAUCUAAAUACUCGCCAAACUAGUAAACGCCGGAAAGCAGGGCUAGUUGUAAAUAAUUUGGAAACUUGAAACUAACUCAAAACACUAGUGCACAAAAGCGUAAUGAAACUAUGGUAAAUCUAAAGUUAUGCAGCUGUUAAGGUAUCGCACACUUAGUCAUACAGGAAGGGAAACAUAUGGUCGAAACUGAGCGAAGCGUCGGCGGUAAAGUUAUUGUUAGUUGAAAGUUAGUUGAAACCGUUCAAAUUGAUUAAAUAGACUCUUAUCCAUAUACACAUGUACACCUAUACACAUAGACAUACAAAUAUACACACACACGCAGCCUUGUGAGGUCAACUAAAGACAAGAAGCAACUGAAGCCACCAAAUUUCCCCGAGUCGGAAUAAAAACUGAAAACCAA